AUGUCAAGUAUAAACAAAUCGAAAGGCAAAGAAGAAGAAGAAGAUAUAGUGGACAAGCUGAACUACAAAAAUUUAAAUGAUGUAAUGUUACACGAAUUGAAUUGUCUUAAACCUAAACGACAAGUAUACAUAAAAAAGGGUGGAACAUUCUUUUUAAGUUCCAGAGAAGAAGCUCUGUCCGUUUUGAAAAUCAGGAGUCAAAAGCAAAAUCAACCAAAGGAUAGCAAUCAUCGAAGUAUGAAAGACAUUUAA